UUAUGCCUCUCUGUCCUCCGUUUUUAAUGCUCCACUAGUGGCUAAGGAAAAAGCCCAACUCUGUUAGGCUGGUAUAGUGCUCCGCUGCCACUUGUGCUGUACUCCGGCCAGAGCCAUCCUCGCCUUAACCAAACCUUCCGCUUAAGUGUCAAAACUGCACUCUUUUCCAUAUAUAGCCGAUUUUCAGUUAUUCCUCCACUCUGUCCUCUUGCGAUCGUUCCUUCCACUCCGCCCUCUCUUCACUCCACACCACUCCUCCUCCCACCUAAUUCUCCCUUCCAUAACAAAAACACCGCCUUUCCUCCUCCACCUUCCUACUUAUUACCGUUGCCAUACCAUAAUAUUCCAUUCCUCCAACUUCUUCCCCUCAUAAUUUCUCACUCUCUCGCCAUGGUUCACUCCAUCAGCUCCAGCAGCAUCGGCGAAUCCUCUUCCCCUUCCCCUUCCCCUUCCCCUGUCAUCUUCAAGCGCAAACGCACCAAGCGAUACCGUGCUUUCGCUCCUCCUCCGUCCACCGCCGCCACCGCCACAGCCGCCUCGUCGGCUUCUUCGAAUACCACUGAGGAGGACCAUGACAUGGCCGAUUGCCUCAUGCUCCUCGCACAAGGUCCCCCCGUUCCAUUCAACGAAGCCGCAGCGCCCCUGUUGAAGCCUACCGGGCCGGCCGGCGUAGCGAUAGUCUACAAAUGCAAGACCUGCGACAAAUGCUUUUCUUCCUUCCAAGCCCUCGGCGGCCAUCGGGCCAGUCACAAGAAGCCAAAGCUAACACCUUUCGAGACCGAGCUCCUAGGCACCAUGGCAAAACCAAUAGCUAAUUCUUCUUCAAGCGCCGGCGGGAAAAAGAGAACACAUCAGUGCUCGGUGUGCGGGGCUGAGUUUUCCUCCGGCCAAGCGCUCGGCGGCCAUAUGAGAAGGCAUCGUCCGGCUCUUCUUCUAGAGAACAAAUUGGAGACUAACAGGACGGAAAAUAAAGUUUUGUUGCUUGAUCUCAACCUUCCCGCUCCGGCCGACGACGACCCCUUCGCCGCCGACGACGACGACGACGGCGCUAGUCGAUCGCAACUUCUCGAGUAUUGAAUACAUAUUUAUAAAGUUUACUUACAUAAGAUACUGUGAAUUAAUGAAUAAUAUUUAUGUAUCGAGAUUUCCGUUUAUUGUAAGAAAAAUUCAUUUGAUUCUUUAAAA